AUGGCAAAAGGAAAGAAAAAAUCGAAGAAAAAAGAUGCUGCAUUACUUGAACAAAAUGUGCAAUUAUUACGACGUAUUUUAAAAUUAUAUGAUCAAUAUUGUGUUGAACAGAAUAGUGUUGCUUGUACUGAAGUGACAAAAACAAUUCGAUUAUUAAUUGAAGAAGGCGAAAGUUUAACAAAAAUAUUUCUUCGACCAAAUCCUCAAAAAAUAAUUAAACCUAUUGAAACAACAGAUGAACUUAAACCUGCAGUGGAAGCAGUUCCAAUCCUACAAACUUAUGUUCGACCAUUUGUUCGUACAUUAUCAACUUGUGAAGUUCAUACAGUCAAAAUAUUUUCUGUAUGGAAUAUUUGUAUGGAUUUACUUGAUUGUAUUGAACUUGGUCUUUAUUUAAAACUUCCAACAACUAUUGUUCAAACUCUUUUACUUAAUGAUUGUCUUCUUCAACCAGAUCCUUUAUACAGACUUUCAACUUCAUUUAGUAUAUGUCGUACACUUCGAAUACUGAAUCUUGACUAUAACGAAUUUGGUGAUGAAGGAUGUUUAUUAUUAUGUAAUAAUUUGGUGAACAAUCAAUGUAUAACGCAGCUUUCUAUGACAUACUGUGAUCUUGGUCCUGUAUGUGGAAAUCCUUUAGGUCGACUUCUUGUACAAACUGCUAUAGCUGAAAUUUAUCUUGAUGGAAAUCAUUUUGGAUGUCAAGGUGCAUUUGAUCUCAUAAAAUUAUUAUUACUUGAUUGUGAAAGAUUUCUUAUUGAUAAACAAGAUAAAUUACGAGCUGAAAUGGAAUUAAAAGCACAAGAAGCUUUACUUCGAGAAAGACAAGGUUUACCACCUGAAUUGACUGAAAGUGAGAAAAAAGAAGAAAAGAAAAAGAAAAAAAAAAAGAAAAAGAAGAAAAAACUAACACUUGAUGAUCUACCACCAUUUGGACCAUUUGUUACAAAAAUUCAUUUAUUUGAUAAUGAAAUUGAUUGUUUACAACCCGAUGGUUUUGGUAUUAUUCAACAAACAAUAAAUGCUUAUGCACGAUUAAUUGAAAUCUCUGAAGAAUUACAAGAACUUGACCUUGAUGAAAAUGUUAUUGGACAUGUAUGUGGAGGAAUUAUUUUAGAUGCAUUAAAAAAACGAAAAGAAAAUAAAUUAAAAAAAAUUAAGAUUAAUGUUAGUGAAAAAAUUGAUCAAUUUGUUUUUGCUGAUAUAUUAAAACUUAGUGCGACAAUGAAGAAAAAACGAAAACGUGCAAAAAAGAAGGUAAAAGUUCGUAAUUAUUUUUCAAAUAAAUUUUAG